GCCCUCCCCCUGGCCCUGUGGGAAGCUCCCCCAUAAAAGCAGCCGGGACAGCCUGGCCCCGGCACAGGCGGCUCUGCCACUGCCACAGCCCAGCAUGAGGACAGCGCCCAGGGUGGUCUGUGCCCUCCUCAUCCUCUCCAUGCUGUGCUGGCACAGCCUGGCUCAGAGAGCUCCAGCCAUGCCGGACAAGUGCUGCUUCAACUUCCAGAUGAGAAGGAUCAAGAGGGACAACGUGGUGGCCUGUUACCCCACCAGCCCCGAGUGCCCGCACCAGGCUGUGAUCUUCAGGGUGAGGAACGGGAAGGAGAUCUGCACCCAGGCCAGCAGGCCGUGGGUCAAGAGGUACCAGCAGAGCUUCCAAGUCAGCUCCUUCUCCAUCCCCAGCUAGCGGGGUGGCCGGGGAUAGCGGGGACUCCUCUCCAUGGGGGACACCGCCGAGGCAACCCCUUUGCAUGGGGGACACUGCUGGAUGGAGCAGCUCACAAGGAACAUCCUCCCCCUCACAAUGAUCUUCACCACCUCCCUGAAGGCGCCAAGGGCCUCUCCCAACCCCUCAUCCCACCAGGAUGGAGUGUCCAGACUCUCUGUGGUCCACAGAGAGGCUGCAGCAGCCGGGGGUGCAGGGGGAGCAGCCCCACAGCUGUUAUUUGUAGACACUGAGCAGAAUAAAAGGUGAUUCCCACAUGCAAA